AUGAACGAAAGAAAGCGCCAGAGCAGCACUGAAGUUCAGGGUUAUCUGAAAGUGGUUGGUUUUUUUUUGUUGAAGGCGCUUAGGAAAACUGCAAAACGACUAUGUUUUCACGCAGAAAAAUGUGACGAAAAAGGCGCGAAAUUAUUUUUUAUUUUCGUGCAGAACAAAAAAUAACACCGUAAAAACAUAUUUCGAGUUAAGGUCACCAGAAAAUCUCGAUUUUUUCCUCAUUCAAUAACCUCAACCAUUAAAUUUCCUCCAUUUUCACUUAUUUUUCGUUUGUCUUCUUCUUUUGUUCGUGAAGCAUUUAAUAUUUUAUUUUGCUUAUCUUUUUUUCUAUGCAGUAUUGCGACUAGUUGUAAUCAGAAAUAAAGUUUAGCUAUAUUUACAUUUUUUGAACUGUAGAAACGGAAAAAAUCACGUUUUCAGGUGAUUGACGAUGAUGAUGAGGAUGUUGUGAGCCCGAAAAUAUUCAAAGAAAUGGAAAAUCCGGCAGACGAGCCGCAAAAUGAUCUCCGAAAGGUAUCCGAGAAGAUUUUUUUAUUUUGAUAUCAUUAAUUUGGAAUUAGUGAUUCCAAGGCCUACACGGGCUAGUAGAGAACUCAAAAUUCAAAAAUUAAGGAAUAAAAUCAAGUUUCAACUUUAGGAAAGUAGUCUUAGCAAGUUAAAAAAAAAUUAAUUUCAACCUAGUACUGACUUUAAUUUUAAAGGCCUUCUGGCCAUUUUGAAAAGUGUAUAUCCCUCAAUUUUGAAUGAAUUUUAUCGAUUAUCAGUUGAAAAUUUUUUUCGAAAAUAGUAUUCAAAAAGAAAUCGAAUGAAAGGGUUUCUGACUCAUCAAAAAGAUCAACUUUUUCUAAAAACUUCCCAGAGAAAAAAUAUCAAAACACCUAACUUCAGGUUGGAGAAGAUAUAGACACUGGAACGUCGCCAGAUGUUUCUUCGACCGAAUCCGAUAAUUUGGACGUUUCUUUUCCGUUUUUCUCAAGGAGAAUUUCUGAAAUUUCGUUCAGAAGCAAUUCGAAAAUUUCGUCUUUUUGAAAAAUAAGUUGAAAAAUUGCGAGAAUCGUCUGGCUGAUGAUAUUGAGCUGAAGAUAAAAGAGUGUAUAAAGAAAAUUGAGGUAUUUUUAAAUCUGUGAAAAUAAAUCUACUUCAUUAUUGUAGGAAAGCGUGUACGUAUUGAAUCGCUUUGACGUUGGCUUCUCUCACAAAGAAAAGGCAGAUUCCUCGGUACGUUUUAUUUGAAUUUAGCUCGAGUUUCAGGAAAAGUUGGUUUGAUUUUUUUAAAAAAAUGCAACAAUAAGCAAGUUCAAAAAUUGUUUAUAUAGACAUUGUAAAAAAUGAUAAAAUGAAAAAGUUUGUUUGAAGUCCUUUAGAAGGAGCUGAAAAGGUUCGACUAAAGCUUCAAAAAUAAUAAGAGAAGGCUUUUAAGCACAUUUUUCACAGUCAGUUUUGCCGUCUUUUUGCGCCAUUUUAUCGGAUUUUAUGCACCAAUUUUGCUGCCUCUACCUUUCUCCACAAUUUCUUGAGCCUUUAAAAUCCCAGAAAAACUGGAAGGCUUGAUAUAGUCAAUGAUUCCCGACUUGAAAGGCGAGGGAGGCGGGGCAAGGGGCGGGACGCGUAGCGUGUGCGUUCGCGGUUCUUGGCACGAGUUCAAUUCAAUUAUCGCCGACUAUUUAAAAAGCUCGGCAACCGCUCUUUUUCAAUGUUUUCUAUUAUUUUUUGAUGCAGACAUGAACACGAUCAAUAAAUAAUUGAAAAAGGAAUGAAAAAAGCGAAAAACGGGUUUUCCAAAGAAUAGAUGGCGGUUGAAUUGAACAUGUGCCAAGAACCGCGGACGCACACGCUACGCGUCCCGCUCCCUGCCCCGCCUCCCUCGCCUUUCAAGUCGGGAAACAUUGACUAUAAAGGGACUUAUUUUGCUGCCUUUCUGCGGUCUUUUUGAGCCCUCCUUUUAUCGGUUUUGUACAAUCUCAAAAUAUCGCUUUCUAGGAUUCAAGUCGAUCGAGAAAAAAUUCGGUUUGGCCAUCGUUGGAAUUGGUGGCGAUGGACCUUCUGGAAGUAGCAAAAAAUGGUCAACGCCUGCAGCAAAUCGAAGAAAAUCUCGCUCAAGAGUCCAAUAACAAUUAA